AUGGAAGCUAAAGGGUACCUCUUGAACAUUGUGAUGUUUCCAUGGCUUGGUCACGGUCACGUCUCUUCAUUCUUAGAGCUAGCAAAAAGGCUUGGAAAGAGAAACCUUAAAAUCUAUCUAUGUUCUACGGAGGUCAUUCUCAACUCCAUACGAAAAAUAGUAAGUGAAAACGACUAUCCUUUCCUCCAUUACAUAGAAAUAAAACUCCCAUAUAAUCCAGAGCUCCCUCCACACCACCAUACAACCAGAGGCCUUCCUCUCCACUUGUCCUAUACACUCAUUAGAGCACUUGACAUGGCUAGUCCCGCCUUCUCUACCAUUCUCAAACAACUCAAACCAGAUCUAGUUAUCUAUGAUGUCCUUCAGCCAUGGGCUCCAGAAGUUGCUGCUUCUCUCUCUAUUCCAGCCGUUUUGUUCAAUACCUCAAGUAUUUCCAUGCUUAAUUAUACCUUCCACGUGAAUUUUAAACGGGGGGUGGAAUUCCCAUUUCCUGAAUUGAAUCCUAAGGGAUGGUAUUGGGAGAACAAAGUUAAAAAAAUGUUGGAGAAACUAACACAUAAUUUUGAAGAAAGAGCGGGUAAUCACUUCUCAUACUUGAGAUCUUCAGAAAUCAUCUUGACUAAGACUUUCAGGGAGGUUGAGGAAGGAUACGUGGACUAUGCAUCAUCCCUUAUAGGCAAAAGAGUUAUUCUCACAGGUCCGCUUGUUUCUAAUCCCGUAGAAGAUGAUUUAACAACUGAGAAUGGAAAACUGGUAAUGAAGUGGUUGGACAAGAAAGAAAAAGGGUCGACAAUUUUGGUGUCUUUUGGAUCCGAGUGCUACCUAUCAAGAGAAGAGAGAGAGGAGAUUGCUUACGGAUUGGAACAAAGCAAGGUAAACUUCAUAUGGGUCAUUCGAUUUCCAUUGGAGGAGAAGAUUCGUGUUCAUGAAUCUAUUCCUGAAGGUUUUCUUACAAGGGUUAGAGAAAGAGGACUAGUGAUUGAUAAAUGGGUUCCACAAGCAAAUAUUUUGGCUCACGAGAGCAUUGGAGGCUUUAUAAGCCAUUGUGGAUGGGGAUCCUUAACUGAGGCGAUGGGUUUUGGUGUACCAAUCAUUGCUAUUCCUGUUCAAUAUGACCAGCCAAUCAAUGCGAAGCUGGUUGUGAAAGCUGGUGUUGGUGUUGAGGUCCAUAGAGAUGAGGAAGGAGGACUCAAAAGGGAAGAGAUAACACAAUUGAUCAAUGAAGUUUUAUUGGAGGAAGGAGGGAAAGAGAUAAGGAAGAAAUGUAAGGAGAUGAAAGAUAAAUUACUAAUUGAAGGAGACGAUGAAGAGAUAGACCUAGUUGUGAAAGAAUUGAUUGACAUUUGUGUUAAACACAACUGA